UCGUCUUCUCCAAUGUAGGAAACUGUAAUCAACCGUUUCUUUCACUCGCUAACCGGCAAAAUUGUCUUGAUCGAUCAUAUCGAAGCAGAGUUUGGUUUUCCAGGUACGGAAUCUCGGCAAUCCUCAUCAAAUUUGAAGCAGCGUGGCCGGCCGGUCAGUCGAUCAAUUAAUCUGCGUAUAUGUUUGUCAGAAAACUGGUAGAGAAGGCUUCAAAGAAGCCUGGAGGGAGCUCAGAUGGGUUGAAAUCGAGUGAUGUGGACCCACGUGUUGUAUUCCAUUAUGGCAUUCCAUCAGGGUCCGCCAUGCUUGCUUAUGACACCAUUCAAAAUAUAAUAGCCAUUUCUACAAAGGAUGGAAGAAUUAAACUAUUUGGAAAAGAUAAUUCUCAGGCUUUACUUGAAUGUGAUGAGAAACGACCAAGCAAAUUCUUACAGUUCAUUCAGAACCAAGGCAUCCUUCUCAACAUUACUUUACAGAACCAAAUUGAGGUUUGGGACAUAGAAAAGAAGAAGUUGUCUCAUGUGCAUGCUUUUAAAGAGGAAAUCACCUCUUUUGCAGUUAUGCAACAUGGCCUCUACAUGUAUGCUGGGGAUUCUGCUGGUAACAUUUCAGUUUUGAAGUUAGAGCAAGACCCUCAUCAUAUUGUACGAAUGGAAUACCGCAUUCCUAUAUCAGCUUCUCAAGGAAAUCUUUCUGAAGCCUCUACUGAUACUGCUGUUGUACAUGUUCUGCCUCAACCAACAGCUGAAAGUAAGAGAAUCCUAAUAAUAUUUAGAAACGGCCAUAUUUCCUUGUGGGACAUUCGAGAAAGCAAAUCUAUCUUCACAACAGGUGGAAAUAUGUUGCAGUCACUACAUGAAGAAACAAAGAAAGUGACAUCUGCUUGUUGGGUUUGUCCUUUUGGUAGUAAGAUUGCUGUUGGUUAUAGCAACGGUGAUAUUUUACUAUGGGGGAUUCCUUCUACCCUAAAUCUAAAGACUGAAAUAUCUUCUGAGACUGCCAUCAAGAGCACUCCAAUAUGUAAACUAAAUCUUGGAUUUAAGUCAGAAAAAAUUCCAAUCACAUCACUGAGAUGGACUGAAGCUGAUAGGAAGGCAAGUCGACUUUAUGCUUUGGGAGCCUCUGACAUGGCUUCCACAAAUCUCUUUCAGGUAGUGUUACUGAAUGAGCAUACUGAAUCUCGGACAAUCAAGUUAGGACUUCAAUUACCAGAACUUUGUAUUGAUACGGAGAUCAUUGUGAACUCUAGUGAGCAAAGCAAGCAUAAAAUUGAUGUUCUCCUCCUGCUAGGGAAAUCUGGACAUAUUUAUGCUUAUGAUGAUAAUUUGAUAGAGAAGUAUCUUCUGCAAUCUCGAUCUAGAUCUCCACCUUCUCUCCCAAGGGAGGUCAUGGUAAAGAUUCCAUUUGCAGGCUCUACCAUAACUACUGCAAAGUUCAUUUCAAACCAGCAGUGCAUAUUAAGUUCUUCGGAUGAGGAUUAUCUAAUGCUGGGAAGAAGUAUUCCAUCACUUUUGCACUUUGAGACGAAGGCAAAAGAUGGAACUUAUCCCUUCAGUGGGUUUACAAAGAUUAAAAAUCUAUACAUUACUGGACACAGAGAUGGAACCAUCAACUUCUGGGAUGUGACAUGUCCAUUUUUCAUCCCUCUGUUAUCAUUAAAGCAACAGACUGAAGACUAUUCUUCAAAUGGCGCUGCAUUAACAGCAUUGUAUUAUGAUGGAAACUCUCGAGUUCUUCUUUCGGGAGAUCACAGUGGAAUGGUUUGCAUCUACAAAUUAAAACCUGAGCCCUAUGCAACAGAGAACAGUUUUAUGUUAUUCCAAGAAAAUACAAAGAAAGGGAAUAAUCACAUUAUCCAAAGCCUUAAACAUAUCAAGGUUAAGGGUCCUGUAAUUGCUCUAGCCACAAGUCACGGUUCAAGACAUCUUGCAGUUGGAUCAGAUCAAGGAUAUGUUUUAAUAGUUGACAUUGAGGGGCCAACUUUACUAUGCGAAAAGCAUAUUGCAAGCGAAAUCUGCCUAGGCAUCAUAUCUUUGCAGUUUGGAACCUGCAGUUUGCAAGGUUUUGAGAAGAAUGUUUUGGUGGUUGCGACCAGGGAUUCAUCAGUUCUGGCUCUUGAUAGUGACAAUGGAAACAUGCUUAGCACUAGCAUGGUUUGUCCAAAGAAACCUUCCAGAGCUUUGUUCAUGCAGAUCUUAGAUGGACGAGAAUCAUUUGCUAAAAGUUCAAAUACGUCAGACAGUCUGGACUUAAACAGAGGGAAUCUUACUGAGGAUGUUACACCAAAGCAGUCACAUCUACUGCUAUGUUCUGAAAAAGCUGUUUAUGUCUAUUCCUUGGUUCACAUUCUCCAGGGUGUUAAGAGGGUGCACCAGAAGAAGAAGUUCCACUCCUCUUCUUGUUGCUGGGCAUCAACAUUCUGCAGCGCCUCUGAUAUGGGCCUUAUACUCCUUUUCAGUAGUGGAAAAAUUGAGAUAAGGUCCCUUCCAGAGUUAGCCCUAUUAAAGGAAACUUCUAUUCGAGGCUUCUCAUACUCUCCACCAAAAUCAAAUUCAUUAUCAGACAAUAUAAUAUGCUCCUCGGUGGAUGGUGAUCUUGUUAUGUUGAAUGGUGAUCAGGAACUCUUUGUCAUGUCAGUUCUGCCCCAGAAGCAGAACUUCAGGCUUUCUGAGUCUGUUGGUCAAGUCUACAGGAAGGACCUAAUGGGGUCUCAAGAGUGUCUUGCAUCUGGACCCUUAACCCCAAAAGAGAAAAGGAAGGGAAUAUUUGGCUCCGUUCUUAAAGACAUGAAAGGAAGUAAAACAAAGCAGGUACCAGAUAUAGAAACGGAGGACAGCAAAGAAAGUAUUGGAGAACUCUCAACAAUUUUUUCAACAGAGAAUUUUCCAAGCAAUAUUGAGAAUAAAGAUUAUACAGAUGAAGAGUUAGAGUUAAACAUAGAUGACAUUGACAUCGAUAAUCCUGGCGAGAAACCCAAAGAACAGAAUAUGUUGGCAGCUCUUAACAAACAGAAACUGGCAACCAAACUUCAGUCUUUCAAAGGAUUUUCAGGAAAAUUUAAGCAGAAGAAGGUAAAGAAUGAGGAAAAUGUGAGAAAAGACGAGCAAGAAGAUGACAGAGACAGUGCAGUUAAUCAAAUCAAGAAGAAAUAUGGAUUUUCUUUGUCUGGUGAAUCUAGCUUCGCCAAAAUGGCAGAAAGCAAACUGCAUGAGAACGUCAAAAAGCUCCAGGGAAUCAGUUUGAAAACUAGUGAUAUGCAGGACACUGCAAGGUCCUUCUCAGCUAUGGCCAAAGAGCUGCUACGAACUGCAGAGCAGGACAAACGAAGCUGAUGAUGGCCUUACCUGCUUUUAUUAUACUGUUGUCCAUUGAGCAGUAAAUAUGUCGAUCUUCAGUUUUUCUUUUUCUUUGUAUUCUUUUGUACAUAUUUGCUCAUUGAUUUCCACGUCAAUAGUUAUUUACAGUCAGUACUGUGUUUUCUUAUGUUUUUUAUUGUAUUCAAUGCAUCAAAUUUUAUCAAUUUUAAUAGAACAUAUUUUUGGGAGGCA